AUAUAUGAGGAGUUCUCUCUUGCAAUAAAUCGCAAUUGCGAUGACAGAACGGGAGUCAAGUUUCCGCAGCUCGACCGAAGCCUUGCAAGCGGUAGGGUGGAAAGCGAUGGAAAUUUACGAUGUGUGGGCACGUGGAGAAGGCUCAACGUAACGCUGGAAUGCGAAUAGCGCAUUUUCGUAGAAGGACGCGAAAUUGUAGGGGAAGAUAAGAAAUUAGUGUAAUUUACUGACGGAGAAACUGGAUUGGCGCAUGUCGAUGUUCCACCCAAGGCACACGUACGCACGUACGAGCUGCGUGUACCUUGUCGUACAGCAAAAAAGAAAAACGUGGAAAACUUGUGUCGAUGAAGCGUGACGGGAAUCUACAGUUCCCCCGUACGAGUAAUCCACCAGCGAUCGGACGAGUAUGCAAGCUGUGCAGUAACGCGAAAUACAUUCUUGCAUAAAGCGCGAUCUUGGAAGGGUCCUCCCAGCUUCGGUUCCAGUGUUCCCACCGUGAAGAACUACGAACCACGUAGUCAAAUUGGGAUUCAAGUGCACUUAGCACUGCACUUCGAAAGCAGUAGCAGUAAAGCUUAUGACAUCAGAUUACAUCGGACGCACCCGGAAAAUUGUCGACUUGACUUUCCCGCGACAUCGUCGCAGUAAGAGUGCCUCUUGACAACUUUGCGAAAUUUCGCUCGACUCCCAUCAGUUAAUAGAUCUCGCGCGAAACUUGGCGAAUUGAUUCGCGCCGAUGAUACGCUUGUGACAACCGUGGAUGACGGUUUUGCCCGCGCGGUUUAGCGACAAGCCUCCGCGAAAUGGAACCUUCGGUUUUUCCGGCCGCACUCUCUUGAAGUUACGCUGUACGGCGUACCGAAGAGGCGAGUUCCCGCGUGUGCUGCCGAGUUCCAAGUUCGCCCGAGCUGGAAUGGCACGCGGACGCGAUUGAUGCCUCCGGCAGCUUCCGACACCGAGGGAUCGCUGGCCGAUCGGUAUGUCCGUCGUUCCUCAGAGAAAGUAUCGUACAAAACCGAGCGAAGCGCAGUCAAGGUACACCGGUGAAGAUAUGUGAGGGAAAAAAAAAGAAGCGAGACAUCGCGAGCACUCGCACUUGCGACGGAGGAGAAAGAGACGCGAAGCUCAUUCGUUGGAGCGGGAGAGAAAGAAAGGAAACAACGUUUCCUCGCGACUCGGCCGCGUGAGUGUGUGGGGAGGGUGAAGAGAGGAGUGGAACGUCCCAAAGGGGAGUGGUGGUGCUCGGUGGAACCGUCGUCGUCGUCGUAGCUGAACAAAGAGGCACAACGUGGGGGUAUACGACUUGGGACCCCGGACCCGACGGCACGGGUGGCGAAGGCGAAAGUGUGCCGCGUAUAAAAGGCCAGGAACCGACGGCAAUCAGCAUCCAGUUCACUCCUGGACGCACCCGGAACAUCGCGAGAGCAAAAAUGAGAAUCCUGAUUUACGUGGCAGUCGCCGCCCUCGCGGUUACGACGGUACUGUCGGAGGAGACCGCGAAGGCUGAAUCCAAAGUGGAGGAAAAAUCGGUCGAGAAGAAGCAAGAAAAGCGUGGUCUGCUCGGCCUCGGCUAUGGAUACAGCUACGACGGUGGAUACGAUAUCGGAUCCGGUGGACACAUCGGCCUCGACUUGGGCGGUGGAUAUGGCGGUGGAUAUGGCGGUGGAUAUGGCGGAUAUGGUGGAUACGGUGGUGGCUCUAUCAGCGGUGGUUACAUCGACGGUGGUCAUCAUGACCACCACCACGUGAAAACCGUGACCGUGGUGAAGAACGUCCCCGUGCCCUAUCCAGUGGAGAAGCACGUGCCCUACCCGGUAGAGAAACCCGUACCAGUUCCAGUCAAGGUGCCCGUGCCGCAGCCGUACCCCGUCGAGAAACACGUGCCCUACCCGGUCAAGGUCUUCGUGAAGGUGCCCGUGCAUGUGCCGCAACCGUACCCAGUGGAGAAGAAGGUGCCCUAUCCAGUCCACGUGCCAGUCGACCGUCCCGUUCCGGUCAAGGUCUACGUGCCGCAGCCGUAUCCCGUUGAGAAACACAUUCACGUUCCGGUAAAAGUACCAGUGCCACAGCCGUACCCCGUUGAGAAGCCGGUGCCCGUGCCGGUGAAGAUCCCGGUCCACGUACCCCAACCGUACCCAGUCGAGAAGCUCGUGCCCUAUCCCGUCAAAGUUCCGGUUGACCGUCCCAUCCACGUGCCCGUGCCCAAACCAUACCCCGUGCACAUCGAGAAGCCCGUGCCCUAUCCAGUCGAGAAGCCAGUGCCCUACCCCGUGAAGGUCCCAGUUGACAGGCCAUACCCAGUUCCAGUCGAGAAGCCCGUGCCGGUCGCGGUCAAGGUGCCCGUACCGCAGCCGUAUCCAGUCGAGAAGCCGGUACCCUACCCGGUCGAGAGGCCCGUGCCAGUAGCAAUCAAGAUCCCAGUCGACAGGCCGUACCCCGUUCACAUCGAGAAGCCUGUGCCCUAUCCGGUAGAGAAACCCGUGCCCUACCCAGUUAAAGUGCCCGUCGCUAUACCAGUCCAUCACGAGCACCAUGACCACGGCAUCUCCGGCGGAUACAUCUCCGGCGGAUACGAGGGCGGCGAUUAUGGUUAUGGUCAUCACCAUUAAUGACACAAUUCCCGGCUGGUUCUUCGUCGUUCAGCGAGACCGAAAGAUGAAGGAAGGAAGAUAGUAUCCACCGCGACGACGGGACAACCGCAAGAUCUUGUCUUAGGUUAACGAAGGAAACGAUUCGAAACGUUGUCGUGCAGCGCCGCGAAUAUAUCCGCCACUCUGUACCUGAUCGGAUCGGAUCGGAUCGGAUUGGGGAGACGUGUUCUGGUACACGAUCGCACACCGGAUUACCACUGUACCUCAAGUCCGAUCGCGACAAAGGGCGCGGCACGGCGACGUGUGCCAGUUAGGAAGAACGAAUGAUCGGUAUAGGGAUUACGCGCCUUUAGCGAUCUUCGUUUGAGAGCAACUUGCUUGUCUUACUUUUGUACCGAUAUUAGCAAAGUAUGUAUUUUUUUACAGAAAAUGAAAUAAAUAUUAUUGUAAAGUAA